AUGCAUGGAGGCGUAGAGACGAUUGUGAAUGUGCAGUGCGAACCGGAAGUGUUCAUGCGAGGAACGUGGAAGGAUCUGGCAGAUGGGAAAUGCGACGGCAUGAAGUUGUCGAUUUGUUAUCGGUGUAAUCCAGACGCGAAGCAAAUCAUAUACACUUGCCAUGAAAUCUGCCACUAUGCUGUCGCAUUCAUCUUGCGGAGAAUCACGAAGGAAAUUGUGCUCAAAGAUCAUCGGGUCUACCUCCACUGCUUCAUCAACACUACUGCCUUUGACCUCUGUUUACUCGAAUAUUUCCCAAACUUCCACAUCGGUGUGAUGGGCAUCAUCUGCCACGCAGUCAUGCAAGCAGAUGUCGGCCAAGGACAACACAUGGGAUGCAGUGCAGGUGUCGGCGUUGCGAAAGAGGGUAUACGAUAUUUGAGGGCUGUACGAGACAGGUGGAAAGCACAAGCAGUGACCCGAAUUCUGAGAUGGGUACAGCGACUAGUUGUGUUGGUGGAAAACAUCGUGUAUUCUAUCGCACUUAGAGAGGACCUUCCUCACCUUGUCGCGAUGGUCAUAGAUCUUCUCAGCUGGUCGGUACAAGCUCAGUAUCACUAUUUCGUUAUACCAUUCAAUGCAUCUUGUGCCGCCCACCCAUCUUCAGGACUCGGAUCUGCUACGCCCUAUGAUGGCCCACCGCUUCAUAACCUAUCGAGCCUGCAAUUGCUGUUUCAUGCAAACUGA